UGCCUAGCUCGUACACAGCCUGGAUUCUCAUUGGCCUUCCUCGUGCCACAAGGUCGUGAGUCACAGCUAUUUCAAAAGCCGUUUCCAUGGGAACGUUUGCCGACUGACUUCAAAUUGCCAACAUCAACUCUUCAGUAGGCAUAGUACGCCGUACGUGGAAGGGCGGAAAGAUAUAUUCUCUCACCGGAAGGCCAGAGAAUAUACCGCUGUGAAUUUUUGUGGGAAAGCACAUUGUGGCAAAGCGAAACAUGGCAAUACUCCGCGGUAGUUCCCACCUGAUAACUUGUACCCUUGUUUUUGUUGCCAUUUCGGUGCGGCUUGGACGUGGGAGCGCCACCGAAGGUUUCACCCACCACGAGGCACUAGACGAGGCAGGGAAGUACCACCUGUUCUGGAAGUUUGACGAGGAGAAGAUUGAGUUGGAGGCGCAGGUCCAGACGACGGGGUGGGUCGGGCUGGGCCUGUCCCCGAACGGAGGCAUGGCGGGGUCUGAUAUCGUCAUCGGCUGGGUGGCAGGCGGGAAGGCGCACCUGACGGAUAGGUAUGCAGACGCGAAUGCACAGCCCAUCGUGGACGAGAGUCAGGACUGGGAGUUGGUGUCUGGGUACGAGAACGGAACUCACACAGUCCUGAGGUUCAACCGGAAACUGACGACAUGCGACACCAAGGAUCGCGUCAUCAACUUGAAUAAAGCUCCUUGA